AUGGGAGGCUUAAGGUUUUUGUUUCAGCAGGCAUUGACUGUCAGACAGAUUUAUCAAAUCGGUACUAUGUACUGGGAUGCCAAGUGUGGAACCCAAAGUGUGUCCAAUGAGGUAAAUGAUCCACCUGUUAGGAAUUCACAGGAGGCUUUAAUGAUGGAGAUGUGUGCUGCUAGGAUGGUCCAAGCAGCUGAUUCUCUACUUAAAUUAGUGUCGGAGCUGAAGCAAACUGCAAUAUUUUUAGGAUUUGCUUCCCUUAAUGACCAUGUAGAACAAAGAAAGGUUGAGUUUAACCAACUUGCAGAAAAAACAUACCACACACUAUCUAGGAUUGGAGAGGAAGCGGCAGCUAGCCUGAAAGAACUUGAGUUCCAUUAUUCAUCUUCUUCACAGAAGACUGUUCAAGAUAUACAACCUUAAUUGAGACUCUAUCAAUGCUGCUUGCACCUGUCACUUGAUUUAGACAUAAU